CACACACACACACACACACAUAGAGCUCGCAGUUGCAUUGAGUGUGUGAGCCGUAGUGGAAAUUAUCAUCGGCCAUCAUGACAGUUAGAAACACUCUCCGAGAUCACGGCCAGCGGUAUCGACCACGGAUGGCCUGUCUGAAAAAGGCGGAAAAGGUGCUGCUGGAGAUGCAGGACCCGAAAUCAGGAGUGAAGUCACAGCCGCAGCGAUUGGUCAUCACCACCAUACCGCACGCCAUCAUUGGUGAAGACAUCGUCGCGUGGCUGGCCGACAGAUUCCAGGUCGACGCCCGAGAGGCCAGGAGUCUGGGCUCCAUGCUGGUGUCGCUGGGCUACAUCUACCCUCUGCAGGACCACAAGCGCUUGGUCCUCAGGCCCGACGCCUCGCUCUACCGCUUCCAGACGCCGUACUUCUGGCCCGCUCAGCAGUGGCCUGUGGAGGACACGGACUAUGCCAUCUACCUGGCCAAGAGGAACAUACGCAAGAAGGGCAUCCUGGAGAUGCACGAGCAGGAGCAGUACAACCGACUUCACAAGUGGAUGAACCACAAGUGGGACUUCAUCGUGAUGCAGGCCAAGGAGCAAUACAGGGCCGCAAAGGAGAGGAAGAAACCGGACCGUGUGGUGUUUGACUGCCAGGAGAGAGCCUACUGGGUGGUUCACAGACCUCCGCCGGGCACGGUGAGCGCCAUGGAUUACGGACUGGAUCGGCGAGUAGACCCUAACGCAGACGAGGCCAAAACGCCCGACUACUACGAGAGAAUGAUGAUCUUCACCCAGCAGUCCAUCAUGCGGCCCAGAGUCAAGUCGUCGGUGUCCAUUGGCGCAUUGGUGAAGUACUGCGCCACCUACAAAAGCCACGACCCCUUCCUGUCCAAGUGUCUGCCCAGCAACCCGUGGCUCACCGAUGACGCCACCUACUGGACCCUGAACAUGCCCAACGUGGAGACGCCCACCAAGAUGCGCGUGGAGCGCUGGACCUUCAGCUUCGGCGAGCUCCUCUCGGACCCGCGAGGCCGGGACGACUUCAAGCGCUUCCUGAAGAAGGAGUUCAGCGGCGAAAACUUGGCGUUCUGGGAAGGCUGCGAGGAUUUAAAGUGGGGCACGGCCGCCACCAUGAGGGAGAAAGCUGAGCAGAUCUACAAGACCUUCCUGGCCCGCGGCGCCCCCCGCUGGAUCAACAUUGACGGCAAGACGAUGGAGAUCACGGUGAGCAGCCUGAAGCAUCCUCACAGAUACGUGCUGGACGCCGCCCAGACGCACAUCUACAUGCUGAUGAAGAAGGACUCGUACGGCCGCUACAUGAAGUCUCAGGUGUUCAAGGACACCUUGAAGAAGGCGCUCGUCCCCGAGGAGCACAAGUUCACCGACGCCCAGCUGGAGCAGAACGCCAAGAACCGGCGUCCCAGCGUCAGCCCCAUCAUCCUGCGGCAGCAGGAGCUGGAGGAGCGCGCCAAGAUGGCCGCCAACGCGCCCGUGGACAUCACGCAGGUCAUGAGCAAACUCAGCAAGCAGCGGAAGGGGGACGCCCCGCCCCUUCCGCCCAGGAAAUGACCAUCAAUUCCAAUAUCAUGACAUUUUUUAUCAGCGCGCGGACGGGUGGACGUAACUGCAGUUCACCCACCUGUCCACUAGGUAGAGCCAUUACACCGUAACACGCUUAAAUAGCGCCAACUUAAAAGUGCUAACAUUCCCAGUCCACGUCAACAUGUUUCUUGUCCGUCUUUUUGUUGGAGUCCAUGCAUGCUCUUGUACUUGUCUGCUGUCCACCUCAUCAGUCGCCACUAAUAAAACGUCCAGCAAGCC